GUUACAAAGCUGAUCAGAACGCCAAUACACAUAGACGGAUCACAGUACCAUAUGCGAACUCGGAACACGAAGACGAACACUCUGAACGACCAAGUUUUGUCCACGGUGCCCCUCAUAGUCGUGGCACAAGUUUCAGGUUUGAGAAAGUGGAUUCAAUUGAUCGGAGGCUCAAAUAUCCAUUCCGAGUUCGCUCCUUCAUUCUUCUCUUUGCGGACCAAGUGUGGCAGUCAGUACUCGAUGGUUUGCCAGUUGAUUGUGGGUUGGAGUAAGGCUUGAAGUCUGGCUGUAGCUCUAGAUACCCACCAAGCAGUAUCACGAAAACCAUCAAGACUGCGGCCACCAACAACAAAUGAUGCACCAACUUGAACGCUCAGUUGACAUGAACGGAUCAUGGAAACAAGAUAUAUUGAUGAAGCCUUGAUGCAAGGAUAAACUUAGAUUCACUAGCACAUUCUGCAGAUGCUCCGAUGGGUUACAGAUCAUAUCAAGAAUAGCUCAAAUGUGUAUAAGUUCUCAGCAGUUGUUCAGAAUCGCCGUUUUCUCUUCCAUCUAAACGUGUCUUCUUUUUGUCAGAACGCAUCAUGCAUCCACACAAAGGACUGGAGGUUCAUGCAUCAUGGGAGAUUGCCAAUAUUCUUCAAAUAACGAGGUUUUGUCAAUUAUCUGCCGCUGUAGUUGCUCUAUACGAUCACGCACUUUUAAUGCAGCGUGAAAUGGAUUUGAUAUGGAGAAGACAGUGGUCUUUAAUAACAUUUUUAUACGUUGUGAUCCGAUAUGCCGGUGACGUUGUGCUUGUUGCGGGAGCCGUGUCACUUCGAUGUCAGAUGCACGGUAUAUUUUGUAUAUUUACUCCAAUGGGAAUUCAACUGCAAAUCUGGGGCUCGCUUGUUUUCCUGUUGGCCAUGCAAGCUACAUUUAUCCUACGUGUUUAUGCCAUGUACCGGCAGUCAAAAAAAAUUAUUUUCUUCCUGUCUUUUCUGUUACUGGUUGAAGGAAUUAUCGGAUCGAUAAUAAUAGGGACCGGUUCACAUUAUCACGGGCCAGUGAAAAUCGUCUCAGAGCCCAUACCGGGGGUCCACAUGUGUUCUCUGAAGGGCAUAGAGAGUACAGAGACCGUAGGGCCAUACACCACCAUCAUAGGCUUUGAAUGCAUUAUAUUUGCCCUCACUGCUUGGGCUA